AUGGGUGAUCAAGAAACGAAAAAAUUAUUCGAGCGUUUAUCACAAACAGUAGUACCAACACAUUAUGAUUUAACUAUUCAACCAUAUGUUGAUACAUUUAAAUUUAAUGGUGAAGUCACUAUUCAUAUACAGGUUAGAGAACCAACUGAUACUGUGAUAUUAUAUGCAGCUGAUUUACAAGUUGAUAACGCAAAAAUAGUAUCAAAAUCUAAAGAUGAAUUAAAUGGUAAAAUUGAACUUGAUGAAGAAAAUGAACGUUUAAAAAUUAGUUUCGAUAAGAAACUUGAAAAAAAUGAUUAUCAAUUAUCCAUGAAAUUUGCUGGUGAUAUUACUAAUCGUAUGGUUGGUUUCUAUCGAAAUCAAUAUACGACACCUGAUGGAACCGUUCGUUAUGGUGCUAGUACACAAUUUGAACCAGCAGAUUGUCGACGUGCAUUUCCAUGUUGGGAUGAACCAAAUUUUAAAGCAACAUUUGAUAUUACUUUAAUUACACCAAAGGAUCUUCGAGCAAUUUCAAAUAUGCCAAUUAAAUCGGAAAAUGAAUUUGCCGAAAAUAAAGAAUGGAAAGUAACAAAAUUUGAUCGUACACCAAUUAUGAGUACAUAUCUUGUUGCUUUUGUUAUUGGUGAAUAUGAUUAUGUUGAAACAAAAGAUUCAAAUGGUGUUAGUAUGAGAGUUUAUACACCACUUGGUAAAAAAGAACAUGGCAAUUUUGCUUUGGAGACAGCGUCAAAAGUUUUACCUUUUUAUGCUGAAUAUUUCAAAAUUAAAUAUCCAAUUGCAAAAGCUGAUCAAAUUGCUAUACCUGAUUUUGCUAUGGGAGCUAUGGAAAAUUGGGGUGUAAUUACAUAUCGUGAAACAGCUCUUUUAAUUGAUCCAAAAUUAUCCGCAAUGAGUGCACGACAACGUGUUGCAAUUGUUGUUGCUCAUGAACUUGCCCAUCAAUGGUUUGGAAAUUUAGUAACUAUGGAUUGGUGGACUGAUUUAUGGCUUAACGAAGGAUUUGCUUCUUGGAUUGAAUAUUUAGCUGUUGAUAAAUGUUAUCCAGAAUUUGAUAUUUGGACACAAUUUGUUGCCGAUGCAUUUUCAGAAUUUCUUACACCUGAUGCAUUAAAAUCAUCUCAUCCAAUUGAAAUACCUAUUGGUCAUCCAGCUGAAAUCGAUGAAAUUUUCGAUGCUAUAUCAUAUCAUAAAGGUUCAUCUGUGAUUCGUAUGUUACAUGAUUAUAUUGGUGAUGAUGCUUUUCGAAAAGGACUUCAUACUUAUUUAACUGAAUAUAGUUAUAAAAAUACGAUUACUUUAAAUUUAUGGUCACAUUUAGCUAAAGCAUCUGGUAAACCAGUAGCUGAUGUUAUGUCAACAUGGACACUUCAAAUGGGUUAUCCACUUGUAACUGUACAUGAAGAACAACAAGCCAAUAAAACACGUACUAUUAAAUUGACCCAACAACGUUUUAUUGCUGAUGGUAGUUCCGAUGAUGAUAAUCUUCAAUGGAAAAUACCGAUAACUAUUUUUACCAAAUCAAAUCCAAAAUCAAUUGCAAAACAAAUUCUAAUGGAUAAACCUGAAAUGACGGUAACAUUAGAAAAUAUUUCCGAAGAUGAUUGGAUUAAAUUAAAUUAUAAUUCAAUUGGUCUUUAUCGUGUUAAAUAUGAACCAAAAACAUUAGCACGUCUCAAUGAACCAAUUGCUAAUAAAACACUUAGCCCACAAGAUCGUCUUAUGGUACAAAAUGAUGUUGCUGCUUUAUGUAAUGCUGGUCAUCAAUCAUUUGUUGAUUGUCUUAAAUUAUUAUUAUCUUAUAAAGAUGAAGAUAAUUUUACUGUCUGGAAAUCUAUUGCAUCGACCAUUGGUGAUUUAUCAUCAUUAAUUGAAUAUACUGAAUAUUUCAAUCAAUAUAAAAAAUAUCGUUUAAAUCUUUUUUCAUCCAUACAAAAAAAACUUGGUUGGAAUGCAACAGCUAAUGAAGAUCCACUUGUCGCUAUGUUACGUCCAAUUAUUUUAACUAUUAGAGGUAAAUCAGGUGAUCAAGAAGUUAUUGAUGAAGCAAAUAAACGUUUUCAACAACAUGUUAAUGGAAAUUUAAUUGAUCCAAAUAUUCGUGGAGCUGUUUAUAAUAUUGCUUCACGUUAUGGAAACGAAAAUACUCAAGAACAACUUCGAAAAUUAUAUAAAGAAGCUGUUAUGAACGAAGAAAAAAAUCGUUUACUUAAUGCAAUGGGACAAUCAUCAAAUCCAGCUAUCAUUGAAAGCACCUUACAAUUUGUAUUUGAAGGCGAUAAUGUUCGAAUGCAAGAUAUAUAUGUAGGUGUUAUUGGUUGUGUAUCAUCUCGAAUUGGUCGAGAUAUAGUUUGGAAAUUUUUACAAAAUAAAUGGACAACGAUUGUGGAACGUUAUGGUGAAAAGAGCAGCUUUCUUACAACUUUUGUUGAAUGUUGCUUAUCAGGUUUUGUUGAUGAUAAAACUGCAUCGGAAAUUCAAUCAUUUUUCGAUUCAGCUAAUACACCAAUUGUAACACGUGCAGUAAAACAAGUUGUUGAAACUAUACAAAUGCGAUCGAAAGUAUUGAAACGUGAUUCGAAAGCAAUUGAAGAAUAUUUAUCACAAUAUUGA